AUGACGGACGAAACCUCAAGCGCCGAAAUGGAGGAUUUCCAGUGGAUCAAUUGGUUUUGUUCGGAACGUGGCAACGAAUUCCUUUGCGAGGUUGACACGGAAUAUAUUCGCGAUCGAUUUAACCUGACCGGCCUUCCCGAAACGGUGCCGCAUUAUCAUUUGGCCCUGGAAACGAUCCUCGACGAGGUUCCGGAGACGGAGACCGAAGAGCUGGCUGGUGCGGUUGAUCGCGCCGCGGAGCUGCUGUACGGUCUCAUUCAUGCCCGCUACAUUCUAACGAAUCGGGGCAUUACUCAGAUGACGGAAAAGUGGCAGGACCGCGAGUUCGGGAUCUGUCCACGCUAUUACUGCAGCAGUGCUCCGCUUAUGCCGAUCGGUCUUUCGGACACGCCUGAAGAGGCCACAGUCAAGCUCUACUGCCCCCGCUGCAAUGAUAUCUACCAGCCGCGCACGAGGCAGUUGACAUUGGAUGGAGCCUACUUCGGCACCGGCUUUCCUCACAUGUUCUUCUUCGUGAACCCAGAUAUGCGCCCGAAGAAGCCUAGCAAGUCGUUCGAGCCACGCCUUUUCGGCUUCAAAAUUCACCCAUCAGCUCUCUGCGCUCCGGAAGUGGAGGAAGAAGUGUCUACUGCCGCCACCGAUGACCAGCCCCAGGAG